AAUUGUCACUUUUGAAUUUUGAUAAUAGGAAUAUAGCUGCUUGUAAUCUUCACAUGCAACAAAGCAAUAAAAACAAUAAGAGCCUAUUGUACCUUAUGAAUAUGAGAGAUGCAUGAAGAUUGAAACCUGGGCAUCAACAAGUAAAGGCCCUUUGUUAGGAUCAGUCCCUAUUUCCUCUAGGAUUUCACUGUUUUAGCCCACUAGCUUGUAUUGGGUUUAGCCCAUCUAAAUGACCCGUUUUGUUCUAGCUUGAUUAGCUGGCAGCAGUGUUCAGAUCAUAACAUUUUUGUAAACCUUUAUAUGUUAUCAUGGGAACUCUGUGAGGGGCAGGAAUGAAAUGAAGUAUUUUUAGAUUUCUUGUCUUUCUCUUGUUUUUUGGUUGUCUGACUCUACCAACUGGUAUCAAAGCAUGGUUCGAACCGUGCAAGCCUCUGUACCCUCCUCCUCCCCUGUGUCCUCCGCCUUUGUACCACCACCUCCCCCUCCACCAAUUACCAACAUAGCAUCUGCAUCUCAUCAACCCACUGAUGAAUUUGAACCUCUACAAAGAGCAGAAUUUCACAACUCAUUAGCUCUUCUGCAAGAAGAGUUUCACCUAUCUCUUGACUCAAUCAACCAUAACCAUACCUCUUUUCAAAAUCACAUCACUGCACAAAUGGCAGCUUUGCAAAGCACGGUGGUGCGCGCCCUCACAGGACAACCACUACCUAUCCAUUCUUCCACCACAUCACCUCCAAUUUCAGCUCCAUCAAUUGCCAUUCCUCCACCACCUCGUACACCGGCCAACAUCCCUCCUAUUACGUUUGGUUCCAUUUCAACUCCGACCAUGGAAUGGCCUACUCAAUUUUCAUCCCUCAUUCCUCCAGUUUCUGCAAAUCAAGGAUCUCCCCCUCAUACCCCACCACCAUUUCCAUCUGCCCCCCCACACUACUCAACCAUUACAUCAUUCCCACAACCCACUUUACCGCCAAACACUACCAUCACACCAUCCCUUCCAGAUUUCCACAUUCCAUUAUCUACUACAUACACAGCUCCCCGCACCCACACCCACAACACUUAUCAAUAUGAUCCCCAAUUUUUCAGACCACCAAAGAUCGACUUACCUCGAUUUACGGGUGACGAUGCUGUGGGUUGGAUUUCGAUGGCAGAAAGGUAUUUGAGAACCCAACGAAUACCUCCCUCUGAAAAGGUAACCAUUGCUGCUUCACACUUCGGGCCCGAUGCUUGUUUUUGGAUGAAUUCAUUUGAACAAAGACAUCCAUUCGUCACGUGGGAGCAAUUUGUGCCAGCUUUCUUAGCCCAUUUUGGCGCUGGUGCGACUCAUGACUUCAAGAUAGCCCUUUCACACCUACAACAGACCUCCACGGUGGAGCUCUUCAUCACCGCCUUCACUAAGCUAUCCUGCAGAGCACCGGAUUGGAAUGAUAACCAACUCCUCCCCAUGUUUUUGGGCGGCCUCAAACCGGCACUCCGCCACGAUGUAAUGGCCUUCAAUCCACUCACAGUCACAGAGGCCCAACGCCUGGCAAGGUGCUAUGAAGCUAAGAUGUCCGACCACAACUCGAUCCCCGACCUCCGUCCAUCCCGAGUUUUCCGGCCAAAUAAUUGGUCCCAGUCAUCUCGCUACAGUUCCGCACCAUACCCAACCAACAACUUCCUGCCUUCACGUGCCCACAAUACCCUGUCCUCACCUACUCCCACUAACACUUUCACACCACCCACCACACACCUCAACAAACCAACACCAAAUCGUACUCACCGUAUCUUGUCAACCUCGGAACAACGCGAAAGAAGAGCCAAAGGACUAUGCUUCAACUGUGAUGAACAGUACACCCCCACCCAUUCCUGCAAACAGCCCUUCCUAGCCAUAUUGGAGGCACCUAACACCACUGACGACUCCUCUGAUACACCAGAAUUUCAGGAUUGCACACCCACCCUAGAUGAUCCAAUCCCAGAAACAGAGGUCACUUACCCACUACAUGCCAUCACCCAUACUGCAAUUGGGGAGAUGAUGCGACUUGCAGGAUCCAUUCAAGGUACCGCAAUCAACGUGUUUAUCGAUUGUGGGUCAGCCAGCAACUUUCUUCAUCCUGCUAUUGCUCACCAACUCCAAUUAAAGAUAUCGAGCGCCGUCGGGAUCCAUUUCUAUUCGGCUUCCGGCGAACGGUUACAACCUUCGGGCAUCGUUCACAAUGUCAAGGUUUCAAUGCAAAACUAUUCAUUCACCGGCUCGUUUCUUCUCUUACCAGUUCCAGGGUGCGACCUGGUGUUGGGCGCUCAAUGGCUUAACACGUUGGGCCUUAUAGCAUGGCACUUUCAAGAAAAAAUCAUGGGCUUCUUCACUGAUGGGCAUUUUCAUGUGCUCAAGGGCAUCACCAAGCAUCACCAAUCAACCCAAACCCAUGACAUCUUUGCCCUCAUUCCAUCUACAAAAUGGGACUCCACGGCCCAAACUCUCAAACCAACAGUUCCACCCCAAUCUGAACCGAUUCCACCUCCCAUUCAAUCACUACUAGACUCAUUCUCUGACCUGUUCUCCCAACCAAUGACCUUACCACCAGUUCGAACCAUUGACCAUUGCAUCAACCUACUUCCUAAUACAACUCCGAUCAAUGUUCGACCCUAUCGUUACCCCCAUUCACAAAAGGCCGAACUUGAGAAGCAAGUAACCGAAAUGUUGUCUAGUGGGUUGAUCCGCCCAAGCUCUAGCCCUUUUUCAUCCCCGGUUCUUUUGGUCAAAAAGAAGGAAGGCACAUGGAGAUUUUGUGUGGAUUACCGCUCCCUCAAUGCAGCAACGGUCAAGGAUCGUUUCCCCAUUCCCGUUGUCGAUGAGCUAUUAGACGAGUUACAUGGUGCGAAUUUUUUUACUAAACUCGAUCUACGAUCCGGCUACCAUCAAGUAAGAAUGGCCGAGAAAGAUAUCUCCAAAACAGCAUUUCGAACACAUGAAGGUCAUUUCGAAUUUGUAGUGAUGCCGUUUGGGCUUACAAAUGCACCCUCCACAUUCCAAGCUUUAAUGAAUCAAGUCUUCAAGCCAUUAUUACGCAAGAGUGUGUUGGUUUUUUUCGACGACAUCUUGGUUUAUAGCAACGACUUGCAGUCUCAUGUGAUGCACCUUGAAGAAGUCUUUGCUUUGCUUAGAACACAUCACCUACGGCUCAAACUAACCAAGUGCAGAUUUGCUACAGCCCAAGUAGAUUACUUGGGCCAUGUGAUUUCAUCUGAGGGAGUUGCUGUCGACCCAACUAAAGUACAAGCCAUCCAGGCCUGGCCCAAACCAACAACCCUUAAAGGGAUGAGAGGGUUCCUCGGGAUCACCGGCUACUACCGCCGUUUUAUUCAGAAUUACGGCAUCACCGCAAAACCACUUACAGAGAUGCUCCGAGCAGACAAUUUCAAAUGGACAAUGGCUUCUGAAACCGCCUUCGAAGAGCUCAAACGUGCUUUAAUGACAGCUCCAGUCUUGGCCUUGCCGGAUUUUUCAAUUCCUUUCAUCGUGGAAACAGAUGCUUGUGGAUUGGGUAUCGGCGCCGUCCUCUCGCAACGGAAACAUCCGAUUGCUUUCAUCAGUAAGUCCCUAUCUCCUCGCAACCAAUUGUUAUCUGUCUAUGAUAAAGAGAUGCUUGCAGUCAUGCACGCAAUUGAUAAGUGGCGCCCCUACCUCUUGGGUCACCAGUUCAACAUCAUCACCGAUCACCAAACACUCAAGCACCUCUUGGACCAGCGAAUCUCAACCCCUUCUCAACAUAAAUGGCUGGCCAAACUCAUGGGUUAUCAAUACACAAUCGAGUACAGACCUGGAAAGUUGAAUACGGUACCCGAUUUGCUAUCCCGGCGCCAUGAAAUGUGUGCAAUUCAGGCCAUAUCCGCACCGGUUUUUGAUGGGUUGACGCACAUAGCUCAAGUUUGUCUUCGUGACCCAGAAGCUCAAGCAAUCAUCACUCAACUUCAACAGAACAAUUCCAGCAAAAAGGGAUUUACUUUGCACAACAACCAUCUGUUGUAUAAAGGCAAGUUCUUUGUUCCUUCUUCCUCUGAUUGGCGCACUAGAUUGCUGUAUGAAUUCCAUUCUUCCCUCUAA